CGCAUUCCUAUAUAUAGAGAGAUAUAUUAGCCUCACCCUUAAAUCCUUUCUUUUUUAUUCUUUUUUUUUUUUGCUUUGGUUACGUAUAGUAUCUUCGGGUUAUAAGCUGUUGCUGUAAAGUUAUCUUUCAAGCAGGCCCCAAAGGAUAGCCCUUUUUUAGUAAAUUUAUAAUGCCACUUCAAUAAAGUAAUUUUAGAAAAUUAAUUAAAAGAAAGACAUGAAAAAAUCCUUUUUUUUCUUUUUCAUCAUUGCUUGAAUGGUUGAUUAGAGACUGUAUAUCUCAUCGACCAAUGUGAAAUAGAGUAUAUUUUUAUCACGAUUGGAAUCUGGAUGAAGUUGGGGCGGUUAAAAUAAUAUUAGGUCUUCUACUAUGCAACUUAGGUAUCUGUUCCACACUGUUUUGAAAGAUCGACAGAAAAGAAUUAGUUAUGUUAGGACUGAGCACAUGUCGACCCACUAGUUUAAAUGACUGAUCAAGUCUUCUUUCAAAACCAAUUUGUUAGGACUUGGGUACAUAUUUAUGUACAUCCCUGUCAAGUCUUGAUAAAGAUUGUCAGCUUGCUUUGUCUUGCAGCUGAGCUCCUCCUUUUAAUCCCUCGUUGGCUUCCGGAUCAGCACCAGCUAUUCAUUGUAGCACACCCACAAACCCAGGAGAGGUAGCAAUGGAAGCAACGGUGGUGAGCGUGGGGAAGUCGGUGCUGGACGGAGCGCUAAGCUAUGCCAAAUCCGCCAUCGCGGAGGAGGUAACUCUGCAGCUCGGCGUCCAGCAAGACCAGGGCUUCAUCAAGGACGAGCUUGAGAUGAUGCUGUCUUUCCUGCGUGCUGCAGACAAAGAGCAGGGACACAAUGAGGUGUUCCAGACUUGGGUGAAGCAGGUCCGUGACGUCGCCUACGACGUCGAGGACUGCCUCCAAGACUACGUUGUCCGGUUGGAGAAACCGUCCUGGUGGCGAAGGCGCCUCUCCUGCACGACACUGCGGGAGAGGCAUCGCAUCGCCACCGUGAUGAAGGAGAUGAGAGGCAAGGUUGAGGAUGUCAGCCUGAGAAACUCGCGGUACAAACUGCUUGGUGGCCCUGCAGCUGCCUCAGAGCCUUCUCCCCUUACGGCUGCUGAGCUGCAGUCCACCACCUUCGAUGACAUUGAGGCUACGCGUGUCGCCAAGCAGCAAGAAAAGGUGGACCUCGUGGAUCUCAUUACUAAGGACGGCGAUGGCCUUCAAGAAAUUGCAGUGUGGGGAACAAGUGGUGCUACUGGAGUGGCUUCCGUCGUAUGGGUGGCUUAUCAAAAGGUGAAGGACAGAUUUCCGGAAUGCCAUGCUUGGGUAAAAGUGAUGCAUCCCUUCGAUGCCAAGGAGUUCAUUGGGAGCUUGGUGAGGCAGUUUAAAGCAAACUCCCAUGAGGGGACUAGCAACACACCACAAGGAACACCUUCUGGGGUGUCGGCUCUGAACGAGAUGGAAGCAAAAGAUUAUAACUUGCUUGACGACUUCUGUAAAUAUGUGGCUAACAAGAAAUAUUUGAUUGCCCUUAAUGGCCUGUGUAACAUAGAAGAGUGGGACUGGAUAAAAACCUAUCUUCCAAACAAACAUAAUGGCAGCCGAAUCCUGGUGUGCACGCCGCAAGCUGAAGUUGCAAUCUGUUGGAAAAACAAGGAUGGGUACAAGGUGUCUGAAAUUCGACAGGAAGGGUCAUUCGUCACACCUCUUUACGUCUUCUACGAGGAAGUAAAGGACUCUCCAACCGAACAAACUGACAAGACAAAGUCCAGCUCAAACGCCACUGCUAGUACAGAGGGUCGAAAAAGCCCACCUGUGCCUAACGAACGCAAGGAUCCAGAGUCCCAAGUUAUUGAUCUAAUAUCCAAAGGUGGGCAGGUGAUCGCUGUUUGGGGAAUGGAAAAUGAUGGUGUCAGAAGGACUGCUCUUGUGAGGAAAGUGUAUGAGCGCUCUGUUGACAGAUUUCUGAGGCAUGCUUGGUUUGGCAUGACGUCUCAAUUCAAUCAUGAUGAGCUCGUUAUGGAGUUGGCUCGCCAGUUGAAUCCAGAUAACUGCGAAGACACUUGCCUCAAAAAAAAAGAAGACAGUCAAGACACAGAAGGCUCUACUCAUCGUAAGCAGCAAGAAGAUGGACAGAACAGUAGUAAUAAAUCAAAAAGGGGAACCACCGAGUCGACAAGGAACUCAUUGACCACGAUUUUAUCGGGGCACAAAUGCCUCCUUGUUUUCGACAAAAUAUCUUCAAAUGCAGAAUGGGACUCCAUAAGGAAGAGCCUUCCCAUUGAGAGCAAUGCAGAUAGCCGGAUCAUAGUCACAACAAAGGAUUCCAAUGUUGCCAUAUACUGUUCUGGGGAAAAGCAGUACACGUACAACUACAAGCUAGGAAGCCAAAAUGAUGGAACUGCGGUGGGCUCUGAGUGGGUUGGUCUAGAUUCCAAUGAGAUAAAUUCAGAGACCAAGCCUAGCAUGGCCAGUUCCUCUACUGGCGGUGACAACCACCCUGAGGGCCUGCGUGAAAGCAGUUCACCCUCUCUCAACAAAGAUCCUAAUGCGGCCGUGAAGAAACUCACACGCUGCACGGCAAUGGUACCCAAACGCAGCAGGACAGUGGUAGCCGCUGAGGAAGCUCAGCUCAUGAUUGGUAGAAGAAAUGAAAAGGAUAAACUUAUCAAAAUGCUUGAUUCUGGUUGUGAUGCGAAACAUCGAGUGAUUUCGGUGAUUUCGGUGUGGGGAAUGGGUGGAAUUGGCAAAACCACUCUCGUCAAAAGCAUCUAUCAGAGCUCCGAGCUUGAGAAGCUUGGGUUUGAGAGGCGUGCUUGGGUACCUGUAUCGCGUCCAUUCCGACGUAUCGAGCUCCUUAGGAUCUUGGCUCAGCGGUUGGUUAAAGAUUCCCCCGGAAAGAAGGUAGAAUCUACACCAGGACUUGCAAGGAGUGGUUUAAGCAUGAUGGGAUCUAAAGAAUUAAUUGACAAGUUGAAGCAAGAUUUAACAGGGAAGAAGUACCUCAUUGUCCUUGAUGACCUAUCGACUACUACUGAGUGGGAUUUCAUAAAAACAAUUUUUCCUGAAAACAGUUCUAGCCGCAUCAUUGUCACCACAAGACCUAAAUUGGUUGCCCAACAUUGCUCCGAGGAAGAAGAGUACAUGCACAGAAUCGGAGAUCUAAAAGAUAAAGAUGCUCUUGAUCUAUUCUUAGAUAAGGUAUGUAAGAAAGGGGAUGAAUCUGAAUUGAAGCCUGACAUGAUGGACAUCCUCAAGAAAAACCCUGACAUGAUAGCAGAAGCAGAACUCAUUGUAAAGAAGUGUGGCCGGCUUCCCCUUGCCAUUGUGGCGGUGGGUGGUUUUCUGUCCACAAGACCCCCAAACAUUAGGGAAUGGAGAAAAUUCAGUGACCAUAUCAGUACAGAAUUGGAUGAGAACCCAAGUCUCGAGAUGAUAAAGAAAAUACUUAUCUCAAGCUAUGAGGGUUUAUCAUACCACCUUAAGUCUUGCUUUUUGUAUCUGUCGAUUUUCCCUGAAGACCAUGACAUCAGGUAUGGACGGUUAUUGAGGCGGUGGAUUGCAGAGGGUUACUCAAGAGCAAAGAGAAACAAUAAUGCUGAGAAAGAAGCGGAGGAACAGUUUACAGCCCUUCUCAACAAGAGCAUGAUCCAACAGUCAAGAACAGUUACCACCGGGAAGACAGGUUUCUGCCAAGUCCACGAUCUGAUGCGUGAAAUCAGCAUUGCAAAGUCUGAAGAAGAAAAUCUUGUUCUUGUUCUAGAUGAACACAGCAUCUCGAGCUCUAAAGAUAAAGUACGACACCUUGUUAUAAGCCAGAGUUGGAGCAGAGAACAGAAGAAGAACAAUGAUAUGCAAAAUAUAGUGGAUGUCUCGCAUAUACGAUCUCUGACAGUCUUUGGGGAGUGGAAAUCAUUUUUCCUUUCUAAGAAGAUGAGGAUGCUUCGGGUACUUGAUUUAGAAGACACAGAUGGUCUUGAGGAUCAUGACAUUGUGCCAAUUGGAAAGCUUCAUCAUUUAAAGUACUUGUCUCUAAGAGGAUCUGCAACAAUCCUCAAUCUUCCAAGUUCCUUUGGUAAUCUGUUGAACCUGGAGACACUAGAUAUCAGGGGAACAUGGGUUACAAAGUUGCCAGCAACCAUUGGUAGGUUACAAAACUUGAAAUACCUCCAUGCUGGCAUGCCACCAGAUGAUGAGGAUGACACCAGAAGCUGGGUUCCGACUCCGCCAUCGGCAAUUUUAGAGGCAUUUCGUGAGUACUGGACAAACCAAGAAGAGGUUGGGAUGGGAAUCAAGUUAUUUGUAUCAGUACUCAUGUUUUUGAUCAGUGGUUGGUUGAGAAAUAUGGAUCUGUUUGGUGUUAAAGUGCCAAGACGAAUUGGACGAUUGAGGUCCAUUCACACACUGAGCGUCGUCAACAUUUCACGGGGAAAGGCCAUGCUGAAGAACCUCAAAAAGCUUACCCAAUUGCGAAAGCUAGGCGUAACUGGCAUUAACAAGAAUAACUGCGAAGAACUCUGUUCUGUCAUCGUCAAACAUGGAUGCUUACAAUCCUUAUUACUUCGGGCGGAGGGUAAGGAUGGGUUAGAAGGUUGUUUGGAUGGCUUGUCCCCCCCUCCAAAAGACCUUGAGAGCCUCCAGUUGUAUGGAAAUCUGGUGAAAUUACCCGAAUGGGUUAAGGAGCUUGAAAAUCUACAAAAAUUGAGCCUUCGGAGCACGAAUCUGGAGGCGGAUGCUACCAUGCAAGUGCUCGGAGGCCUACCAAUGCUCGACAUUCUACGUCUCCAGGACAAGGCGUGCAAGGAGAAUGAACUACGUUUCCAUCCCGAUUGUUUCACAAAUCUGAGGGCACUGGAGCUUAUUUCGUGGGGUAGCCUCAAAUCAGUGAUAUUUGAAGAAGGAGCGACCCCUAAACUUGAGGUGCUACUGGUGGACCAUUGUUCGUCCAUAGACGAAGCUGGGUUUCCUGGGAUAGAAAAUCUUGCAACACUGAAGGAAGUUUCGCUCCAGGGUUACUACUACACUGAAUUCAAGAAAAAACUACAGCAGCAACUUAACAUGAUCGAGCCCAGACCAAAUCUAAGGAUUCUGUAAUACAAAACUGUACUCCCCCUUACAAUCUAUUCACACUAUGUAAUGAACCUUGUCCGUUCCCUUUCACCCUUUCAAUGCAAUGACAAAAUUCAGGUGGGGAAU